AUAAGAAACAGGAAGAGACUGUGGGAGGACAGCGCACAGCACCGGGGGGAAAGUUAGUGAAGAAGUCCCUGGAGUCUGAUAAAUGGUCCGACAGACUCGAGACUAUCAGCGAGUGACCAUCCUCCGACGAGCAGCAUGUCUCUCCUCCUCACACUGCUUCUGUACGGACAUCUCGCAUUCAUAAAAGGUUCUGUUUAUGACUCAUCAGCCUGCCAACCAGGUUUCUUUCAGUGCGACUCUGGCUGUCUUCCACCAAUUUCUGUUUGUGAUGGGUCUUAUGACUGCAAGGAUAAAUCUGAUGAAAUAUUAUGUUCUUCAUACUGCAACUUUAACCUGAAAGAUUUUUAUGGCGUCUUCUCUUCUCCUGGAUAUCCAGGUCCUCCACCCUCUGCUUCACCAUUUCAUUGCCGUUGGCUUAUUGAUUCUGAGGAUAGCCGUGGACUUGCUUUGCAAUUUUCUUCAUUGCAGCUUUCUGAGCACGAUGCACUCACAGUUUAUGAAAAUGGCAAUGGAGAUUCUUCACACCUUCUUCGUGCCUUGUCCUACCAGAGCAAUGGCAAGUCUGUCACAGUAGAGUCUGUAGGUGGCAGAGUAACUGUUAUAUAUCAGUACAACACAAAUAUCCACCGUUAUCCUAAUAUUGAUUCCUCUGUACCCUAUGACUCUGGCUUGAGAUUUCCCAGCAAUGAGAACCACGACCCUGGUCCUCACUUUUCUGACCGAAUGGGAUCAGCACCGUCUCGAUUUCAUCUUCCUGGCUUUAACACCAACAGUGGAUGGUUUCCAUCAGUUCAGCCCAGAGGCUUUAAUGCCACUUAUCGGAUACAAGGCUACUGCCUUCCUUGGGACCAACCUUGUGGCUCCAGUCCAGGUAUUUUAUGGAAUGAUGGGGUGGAGAUUGGCGGUGGCUGUUUUUCAGACUCUCAACGUUGCGAUGGAAUCUGGGACUGUGCCAAUGGCAGAGAUGAAGUUAAUUGUACUAAUUGUCCUGAGGGGCACUUUCCAUGUGCUUCAAGUCGUGGCUGUUACCCCAUUAGUGAGAGGUGUAAUUACCAAACUUCUUGCCAAGAUAACACAGAUGAAAAAGGUUGUCGUGGUUGUCAGCCUGGCGGCUUCCAUUGUGAUUUGGAGCGCUGUGUGUAUGAAGCCUGGGUAUGUGAUGGGCAAGCUGAUUGUCGGGAUGGAAGUGACGAGAAGAACUGUGGCUACAUACUUCCCCGUAAAGUGAUCGCUGCUGCUGUUAUAGGAAGCUUGAUAUGUGCUACUUUGCUCGUGGUAGCAUUAGGAUGUACGUGCCGUCUCUAUACCUCACGAGCACGCGAGUAUAGCAUUUUCGCACCUUUAUCCCGUAUGGAUGCAGAAUUGAUCCAGCAGCAAGCACCACCAUCCUACGGCCAGUUAAUAGCUCAAGGAGCUAUACCACCUGUAGAUGACUUUCCCACUGAGAGUCCUAGUGACGGCACGUUCAUGGGAAACCUUCGCAGUCUACUACAGUUCUUACAUCAGGCACCACCUCUUCCUGCUGGUGGCCUAAAUGAACUACCUCCUAGGCAUCGCCCCCCACGCCCUGUUAGGCGCCUUCUCAGAAGACUUCGCAGAUGGGGUCUUCUCCCUCCCCGAACUCAGGGGACACAAACCGAACCAUCUCAGAAUCCAAACACUGAUCCUUCACAGCAGACAUCAGAAAACAGUGAUCAUACCUCUGCUCCACUACUUCCAGUGAAGACUCCUUUAGAUUCUCCUGGUUAUUCAGUUUCCAUGACUGAGCCUUCAGCUUCUUCCCAGCACCCCUGCUCGGUGGAGGAUAGGAGUGGACUUAUGAUGGGCGUGUUGCAAGUGGUGCGAGAAAGGGUCUUGCACCCGCCUAGUGCAGAUCAUCUUUUGAAUGGAACAAGAGGGGAGAGGUUUGGGCAGGACGCACUAGGACUGGAAGGAGCUGAAGACGAGGAUGAAAUGCUGUUGUUGCCACUUGCUGAAGGCUAUGAUGAAGCAGCAGGAGAUGUGAGGUUAAUUUUAUGUUAGCAUAGCUUCUACCCUAUCCUCUCCUUCAAAAUUUGCACAUAGGGAAAGGUUUUGUGAGAGUUUGUAUGCAAGUUGCUGUGAUCAGUGCUUGAAGCUUAGUGAAGAUCAAAUUAGAUGACAUGGACUUGAUAAAUUCUAAGAUCCAUCAGCAUUGUGCAGAGACCCUGAUGUCUCGCAUCUAAAGAACCGGAGCUGAGUGCAUCGCCAGUGCUGCAGUUAUUAAGAUUCAGUGUAACUCAAGAGCUUUGUUCAGUGCAAUUUCGUUUUUGUGAAGGCAUACCACAGUUUUCACUUGGAUAUCUGCCUUGGGACACCAGUAUACAAUUUAUAUAUGGAUACAAUCUGUCUACACAGUUCAGUAGCUUUGUACACUGCAUUUUGUAUCUUGUACUGUUCCUUAAUAACAGUCUGCGUUAUAGCCCAGAGCUACAUUCCCAGUUUGGCUGUUUGGCAGUCAACAGCUUCACCACUUCAUUGUAAAGACCAUGGAGCACAUUUAUGUAAAGGGAUUGUUUGUUUGGGGUGUUUUCGCAAACCCCCUCCUCCUGGGCAGAGAGCUGCCAAGGGAAGCAUACUUAUCUGCUUCCCAACACUGGUUUCCGGCGUUUGCGCCCUCUGGCUUUUGCUGCUCCGCUAAUGUCCUAGGAUAUAAAAUUCCGUUUUGAUGCCGCUGCAGCCAAUCACUGGCUGCAGUGGCGAACUGCAUCAUGACAAAUGGUCCACAGAUGAUGCAAGGGAAGCAGGCCAUCACUGCAGUGUCAAACCAGAAGUUUACAUCCAGGAACCCGAGCAGAGCAGCAUAGAUUGGAGAGCACAGGAGAAGGGAGCCAGGGUAGGAAAGGCAGGUAUAUAUACUUUUCUUUGCAGAUCUGCACAGGAGGGACACACUGCCCUCUGAUAAAUUGCCCCAUGAGACUGAAUCAGUGGUGAGCAUAUGCAUCCUCCACUCCAUUCACUUCUAUGGGACUGCUGAGGAAAGGAGUGGAGGACACACAUGCGCACCACCGCUCCAUUCUCAUGGAGCAGUACAGUAAUUGCUGGGGACCAACCUCCAGCGAUCUAACCCUAAUCCCCUAUCUUGUGUAUGGGGGCUAAGUGUUAUUAGUGGCAGAACCCUUUUAAAGGAAACCUGUCACCAGGAUUUUGUGCAUAGAGCUGGGGACAUGGGCUGCUAGAUGGCC